GGUCCGCCGGCAGCGCAUGCGCAGGGGUGCGAGGCGGGGGUUGGAAGUCGUGAAGCCCGCGCGCGGCGGGGCGGCGGCAGCGCCGUUGGGGCCGUCGGCCGCGGCCCUCGCUCCCUCCUGCCCUGCUUUUCUCUCCCUCCGGCGCCGUUAGCCGCCGCUUCCCGCGCUGCGCAUUGCCUGUGCGCGCACGCCCACCACACCCAAAAUGGCGAGCAAAGAAGUGCUGGAGGAUACGGUGGAGGAGCGCGUCAUCAGCGAAGAGUACAAGAUCUGGAAGAAAAACACCCCCUUCUUGUACGACCUGGUGAUGACACAUGCUCUGGAGUGGCCCAGUCUCACCGUGCAGUGGCUGCCUGAUGUGACCAGGCCAGAAGGAAAGGAUUAUGCUCUACACUGGCUGGUUUUGGGAACACACACGUCUGAUGAACAGAACCACCUGGUUGUUGCAAGAGUCCAGAUUCCCAAUGAUGAUCAGUUUGAUGCUUCGCAAUAUGACAGUGAGAAAGGAGAGUUUGGUGGCUUUGGAUCUGUGACUGGCAAAAUUGAAACAGAGAUUAAAAUUAACCAUGAAGGUGAAGUAAACCGUGCUCGUUACAUGCCACAGAAUCCGUGCAUCAUUGCUACAAAAACACCAUCUGCUGAUGUGUUGGUAUUUGACUACACUAAACAUCCUUCAAAACCAGACCCAAGUGGAGAGUGUAAUCCUGAUCUUAGGUUAAGAGGGCACCAGAAGGAAGGCUAUGGCUUAUCAUGGAACUCAAAUUUGAGUGGACAUCUUCUCAGUGCAUCAGAUGAUCAUACUGUGUGUUUAUGGGAUAUAAGUGCUGGACCAAAAGAAGGCAAAAUUGUUGAUGCAAAAGCAAUCUUUACUGGGCACUCUGCAGUAGUAGAAGACGUGGCAUGGCAUCUGCUCCAUGAAUCUCUGUUUGGAUCUGUGGCGGAUGAUCAGAAGCUUAUGAUUUGGGACACAAGAUCUAAUACCACGUCCAAGCCAAGUCAUUCUGUAGAUGCUCAUACAGCUGAGGUCAACUGUCUGUCCUUCAAUCCUUACAGCGAGUUCAUUCUAGCAACUGGUUCUGCUGACAAGACAGUGGCUCUAUGGGAUCUUCGAAACUUAAAAUUGAAACUCCAUUCUUUUGAGUCUCAUAAAGAUGAAAUUUUUCAGGUUCACUGGUCUCCUCAUAAUGAAACAAUUCUUGCUUCAAGUGGUACUGAUCGUCGGCUUAACGUAUGGGAUCUAAGUAAAAUUGGAGAAGAGCAGUCUGCAGAGGAUGCAGAAGAUGGACCUCCUGAGCUGCUGUUUAUUCAUGGAGGACACACUGCCAAAAUUUCAGAUUUCAGUUGGAAUCCUAAUGAGCCUUGGGUAAUCUGUUCUGUGUCGGAGGACAACAUAAUGCAGAUAUGGCAAAUGGCAGAAAACAUUUACAAUGAUGAAGAACCAGAUAUAGCAGCAACUGAACUGGAGGGUCAAGGAACAUAACUUUUCUUCCUCAAGGAAAUACUGAAUGUGACAUAGUAAUAUAAUUUGAUUACUAUAUACACUAAAAAAAACCCCAAACCCAAAACCAAACAAAAAAGCCCCCAAAAAACCAACCGAACAAAAAAAAAAAACAA